AGCAUGACCGCCUUUGCUGAUUAUUUUAUUCCUCUGGAAAAAAACUUCAAUUGUAAGUCUGUCAAUGCACUGGAACAUGUAAAGGUCUCUGACGUGUGUCCUCUAUUGUGAAUAAUAUUGGCGAUUGACAUUUUCGCAGGUCACCACUGCAAGGAGAACUUCUCGAGGCAUUUUCUGGUCGACCUGAUGACUUUAUGCGCACUGUGGUGUUUGGUGGCCAAAGCAUAGCAUGGCCGUCUUCGCUUGUUUCUUAGUCCUCUGGAUCCUGUCACCAUUUUAUCUAAAUUGUAAGACUGUCAAUGCACUGGAACAGGUAAAAGACUCUGACUUUUUCAACAGGGGCUACAAAAACGUGGUUUUCACCGGGCAUGUCUACCGUCGAAUACCGACCGGCAGACGGAUGCAGUGUGCGGCACUCUGCAGCCGAGACACCCUGGCUUGCCGCUCGUUCAACUACUGCAGCGCUGAGAAGAUGUGUGAGCUGAAUGCUGCGGUCUUAAGUGAUUUAAAGAACUUGAAAAGUGCAGAGGGAUGCUCGUAUUACGAGAAAUGUUCAGCGACAGAGGCAAAUAUCUCUGAACUGCGAACCACCGAAGCGACAAUCGGGUCUGAACUACAAACCAGUUCUGCACCGUCGACAACCGAACAGGCGACAACCGAACAGGCGACAACUGAACAGGCGACAACUGAACAGGCCGCGACAACCGAACAGGCGACAACUGAACAGGCGACCACUGGACAGGCGACAACCGAACGGGCGACAACUGAGCAGGCGACCACUGGACAGGCGACAACCGAACGGGCGACAACUGAACAGGCGACCACUGAACAGGCGUCCAACUCUGCACUACCAACCACUACUGUUGCUUCAACCGCAAGAGCACCGGUUACCGUCAGCCUAAUCUGUGGUAGUGAAGAUAACGGAAAACUUUUCCCUGAUCCCAACGACUGUGGAAAGUACUAUCAGUGUUCAAAUAACGUCAUGUACUCAAUGCCCUGCCCUGCUAGUCUUUACUUCAACACUGUCACAGAUGCAUGUGAUUGGCCGUCUAAUGUUGAGUGUUGAAGAGAAUGUAGAGUCUGGACGUUUACAUCAGGCAGGGUAUACUUUUUGAUAUUGUCAAAGACCAGUAUUCUCACUUGGUGUAUCUCAACAUUAUGCCUAAUAACAAACCAUUGACAAUGUGGGCUCAAUUUGUCAUCAAAUUUGCAAGAGUGAUGAAUGAAAAAACGCCCUUUUUGCAUUAUUUUGUGUG